AUGAAGGAGUUGAUCGACGAAAACAUCCUGGCAGCCCGGUUCUCUACACAGAAGUCGGUCAUCCUCGAUCAGCAGGUGGUGCCUUUUCUGAACAUCGUAACGCAUCCUGGUGUGCGGAACUCUCUGGUUCUCGAGCAGGCUGUUGGAACGAUCUAUGCUUUCCUCUAUGGGGUGGCGGGCAGACGGGCAUUGGUCCUGCUGGGUUUCCUGGCAGACAUGCUACCAUACAACAAGGACCAGGUCACGGAGAAUCAGAUCAACCGCCUCGAAAUGUCUCUCCUGACAUUUUGGCACAUACUUGAGCUGAAUUCAGAGGCGUACGUCCACGAGGGCCUCAAGCUAUUGGCAAACCGCUUCCAGUCCAUCGUGAAGGAUCAUGAAGUCUCGCAGGCGCAAGGUGCUCUGUACAAUGUCAGGGACUACUUGCAAAAAAUUCUGCGUCGACUCAGUAUCGGUGCAGCACUUCCAAGCAUAGCUUCCUCUGGACAGCCCACCCCUGAGAGCGACAAGCUUCCCUCGUCAUUCAUCAUCCACCGCACUCCCCCGGGGGGCCGCCACAACAACGAUUCGGCGGACAUCUGCGACAUUCAGAUCCUGCCCACAUCUGAAGAGAUCCUGUCCCCACACACCGAGUAUCUUCCCGUGAAGGACCCUCGACAGUGGCAUAUCAGCGGUGUCGCCGGGCUCCUGGACCGCAACUUCCGAUUGCUCCGUGAAGACACGGUCGGGCAGUUGAGAGAUGUCAUCCAUCAUCAGCUUCGCCCCGAAACUACAGCACAUACUAGACAGGGUAACCAAGUCCGGACGUACGCAUAUCCGAACGUUAAGGUGGCUUCCUUGUCCUUUGAUCGACAUGCAGGGCUCCAGUUUACGAUCCGAUUCCGUCAGCUUGCGCAGGUGCAGGGACUGCGUGCCAAGCAGCGUGAGGAAUGGUGGAGCCAAUCUAGGCGCCUACAAAGUGGCGCCCUUGUAUGCCUCAUCGAUAAGAGUGGAGGAGACGUAUUGUUUUGUACGGUAGCUGAGCCACCCAGGUUGCCGCCCGGCACACCUCAGCCCAAGGAUUCCCCGUCUCUGUGGAAGGAGAAAGAUGUCUCAACUGUCGCUUUGGAAUUCGUCGACCCUACAAACCAUCAGGUGCAGUUUGUUCUGGAUCGUUAUCGUCCGCGUGGCGCAGUCUCUCCCCUCACCCUAGUGGAGUUUCCCGGCAUUCUGCUACCAGCCUUUGCUCCGACAUUGCGCGCGCUCCAAAAGAUGAAGCGAAGUGAAGACUUGCCUUUUGCGAACCUGCUGGCUCCAGCGUCCUCCGAAAAUCCAGACCAGGUGGCAGAAGUGCCUCCGCCGGCGUACGCUCUCAAGCCUGGGUUCAAGUUCGAUCUUGGCUGCUUAAUGACCGACGAGACCGAACUGCAUCUCCGUCCCGGCCAGGCUUUUGGCAUGGAGAAAUUCCAACAGAAGUCGAUUCUUGAUCCGGCUCAAGCCGUGGGUCUAAUAAACACCCUUCAGCACCAGGUAGGUCUCAUACAGGGCCCUCCGGGCACAGGGAAGAGUUACACUGGAGUUGCCUUAAUCAAAGUGCUGCUAGCCAAUGCGGCCAAAGCCAAAGCCAACAUUGGACCAAUUAUCUGCGUCUGUUAUACCAAUCAUGCCCUCGACCAGCUUCUUGAAGAGCUGUUGGAAAAGAAGAUUACGACACAGAUCGUCCGAAUUGGAUCGCGCUGCAAGUCCGAACGCGUCGAGAAAUACACCUUGAGCAAAUUAGCCGACAGGCCUCCGCAGACCAAAGUCGAAAAGAGUUCAAUUUAUCACCUCUAUGUUAAACUCGAGGAGUGCGUAAAGGAAUUCGAUGCUCUACGAUUAUAUUCAGAAGAGUCUGAGGCUAACUUGAAGCGGUUUCUGGAGCGCCACAACCCCAGCCAUUGUCGCCAGCUUUUCAGCAAGGAUAAGAAGGGAUGGGAAACUGCGACAUCAAAGAGGGGUCAUAAUGCAUUUCGUCAGUGGAUAAACAGAGGAAUCAAGUCGACGGAGAAGCCCCGAUCUAUCGGUAUCCUCGAGAAUAUAAACCUCGAGCAAAUGAGCAUCAAGGAACGGCAAAUGAUCUAUGAGCACUGGAUCACGGAAAAUAGACGUCAGAAGCACGACAAAGCUAAGAACCUGGUGCACGAACAAAAGAGGAGCAAGGAAAAACUGAACGAUGUUCGACACGAGGUUGAUCUUCGAUGUCUCCGACAGGCACAGGUUAUCGGGGCUACGACUAGUGGCCUCGCUCGAAAUCUCAAGAUGUUUCGCAGCCUUCAGUCCAAGGUAGUGCUGUGCGAAGAGGCUGGAGAGGUGUUGGAGGCUCAUCUCCUGACAGCCCUUCUGCCUUCCGUCGAGCAUGCCAUACUCAUUGGAGACCACCAGCAACUUCGCCCGCAGAUUCAAGACUACAAUCUUUCUCGAGAGAACUACCGAGGUGGUGAACAGUACUCUUUGGAUCAAUCAUUGUUUGAGCGACUGGUUGAUCCCGGCGAGGAUGGCCCAGGGGUGCGGAUGCCGUUUAGCACGUUGGAAACGCAACGCAGAAUGCAUCCUUCCAUCGCACAGCUGGUCAGAGACACUUUGUACCCUCGCUUAGAAGAUUCUCCCUCUGUUUUGGAAUACCCGGAGGUAUGCGGGAUGCGCCAGAGGCUGUUCUGGUUUGAUCAUCAACACCUCGAAGCCGACAAUUCCAGCACCGAUGCGGUAAACACCUCGCACUGGAACGCGUUCGAGGUGGAGAUGACCACCGCACUAGUUGCUCACUUGAUCCGACAAGGCUGUUAUAGAGAGGGAGAAAUUGCUGUCCUGACCCCUUACCUGGGACAGCUCCAUCGGCUACGGCGUCGGCUCAGCGAGUCGUUUUCGAUCGUCCUCGGCGAUCGCGACCAGGAUGAUCUGGAGGCGGCAGGACUAAAUGAAUCAGACGCAGGUAAUACUCUGGUGUCUCGAUCAAAUGCACUACAGACCGUUCGUGCAGCCACCAUUGAUAACUUCCAGGGUGAGGAAGCCAAGGUUGUGGUAAUUUCGUUGGUCAGAAGCAAUGCUCAGAGACGCUGCGGGUUUCUGCGCACCUCUAACCGCAUCAACGUUUUGCUGUCCCGUGCAAAGCACGGCAUGUAUAUCAUAGGUAACGCCGCUACCUCGAUAGAUGUACCGAUGUGGCGCCAAGUGGUGGAGAUCUUGAAGGACAAGGACAACUUUGGCGCCCAGCUCAAGCUACAAUGUCCACGCCAUCCAGAAUCCCCUAUUGCUGUUUCGGAGCCCGACCACUUCGUGCAAUUCUCCCCAGAGGGCGGCUGCAAUCAGCGCUGUGCCCAGCGAUUGCGAUGCGGUCAUGCCUGUAAGCAGAAAUGCCAUUCGACGCUGCUCCAUGAUGCGGUCUACUGCCAGGAACCUUGUCCAAGGCCUUUGAAGGGAUGCGAUCAUGCCUGCCCGAAGAACUGUGGCGACAAAUGUCCCCAACAAUGCCAGGUGGUCGUGUUCGACGCCAACCGGAAACUCAGAUGUGGACAUGCUGCAGUGGAGCUCCCUUGUUGGCAGGCACAGGAACCGGCGCAGGUUAAGUGUCCAGUGCCCGUGGUGAAGCAGGUGCGCGGGUGCAAGCACACGGUGACAGUUCCUUGUCAUGUCAACGUCGACGAUUCCACGUUCAAAUGCCUAGCAGUGUGUGGAACCAUUCUUCCCUGCGGACACCCUUGCCGACGCAAAUGCUGGCAGUGUAUUCGGUACGACGGGGACAACAAUGCUCAAGUCAACCAUGGCCGAUGCGAACAGCCGUGUGGUCGGAACUACUCGGCGUGUGCACAUAGCUGUACUCGGAUCUGCCACGAGCCGGAGUCCUGUCCUCCGUGUGAGGCUCCUUGCGAUGUUCAUUGUGGCCAUUCCCAGUGCCCAAACAAGUGCUGUGAGCCCUGCGUUCCGUGCGCCGAGACACAAUGCCCAUCGUCGUGUCCUCACAGUUCAUGUACGCUGCCCUGUGCAGCUCCUUGCGAUAAUGUUCCUUGCUCUAAGCGCUGCGAGAAACUUCUGCCCUGUGGCCAUCAGUGUCCCUCCGUUUGUAGCGAGAUCUGUCCGCCAGCUCCUUUCUGCCAGAUAUGUGCUGCUCCAGAGGUCAAGGACCGCGUUGUUGAUUUUAUCCUCGGCGAGGCAUAUUGGGAGAUAGACCUUAAUGAAAACCCCUGCAUCUUUCCACGAUGCGGACAUUUCCUGACCAUGGAGAGUAUGGAUGGCCAGAUGGACAUGAAAGGGCACUAUGAGCUGGAUGCCGACGGUAAGCCAGUCGCGAUCACCGAGUCAUCAACGCCAUUUUCCGUCGAGGACGUCAAAAAAUGUGCCACCUGCCGGGGAUCUUUGCGGGAUAUUUCUCGGUACGGUCGGCUGGUACGUCGUGCCAUGUUGGAUGAGGCUACAAAGAAAUUUAUCUUGUAUCUCAACAAUGAAUACGUUCCAAUGGCCCAGGAACUGCCAAAGCUGGUUACCGCCCUACCUGAAGCCAAGGAAUUAGCCGGGUCGCUGGCAAUGUUCCAAAUCGGUGAAGCCAUCCGGGUUGAAGGCUCCGGUAGCCUACAAACCAAACGCCUGGGGGAUCUCAUGAAGAAGCACAAAAUGAAUCGCUGGGAUGGACUACUCCGGUUGAGGAAGCGCAUGGUGAAAUACUAUUCCAGGGUUCAAGUCGAAGAGCAACCCUUCAGUCGCGUUCAGUACCUGGUGGAGCACGCACGGCGGCAGAAAGAAUCCCAAGGGACAUUCAAGUUCAAUGAAUCUGUGUUGCAAACGAAGGGUGUUUUGCUAGCACGAGCACUUCUCAUCCGGCUAGACAUUGCACUGCUCGGCGACUUUCUCUCGCUUUACAGCAUCGCAACUCCACUGUCCACACGGCGUGAGCUUUUUGUCGAUCUGCAGAAAAAUAUGGAUGACUGCCACAGCCUCAUCCAGCUUGCCAGCGAGCUGCACCGAGUCGCCCAUCAAGUCGAGGGCUACAUCUUCCUGGCGCAGCUCUGUGCUCUGCAGCGAUCCCACAUUAAAGAAGUAGCGGAUGCAGAGUGUCGGCUUACCGAAGGCUGUGAAGCCCUUGAUGCUGCCGAGCAACUUUGUAAGCAGUAUCCAGGCCAAACUCUGGGGUUUUCGGAGGAGAUUGAAAGCUCCAAGGCGAUGUUGAGAGGCUCAACUUUCUAUAGCGCCGUCUCCAACGAAGAACGAAUGGCAGUGAUUACGGCCAUGAACCGCGAAUUCAGGGGCACUGGCCACUGGUACUAUUGUCCAAACGGGCAUCCUUUCACGAUCGGCGAGUGUGGAGGCGCGAUGCAAGUCUCAACGUGUCCCGAGUGUGGUGCCCCAGUUGGGGGCCAGAGCCAUCAAACGGUCGACGGAGUUACGCGUGCGAAUGACUUGGAACAGAGACUAGCAAACUUGACACUUGAAUGA